GAAACUUAUUUUUAUAGACGGAUGCGUGUCGCAUUUUGCAGUUCUCGGACAUACUUUUACUUCGUCGGGGCCAUGCACUGUAUUUCAUGGACUUCAUUCCUCCUGUGCAUUUAUUCGUGGGGAUCGUUUGUCAGAAGUGCACGAGAACUACCUCAUGUAACGGACUAUGAAGUGAUCAAGCCUAAGAGAUUAGGCCGAGCGAGACGGAGCCUUUCGUCGGAACAGGCAUAUCCUGAAGAGCUUCAAUAUGCCUUGACUAUCGAGGGAAAUGAACACAAAAUCCACCUGGAGAAAAACAGGAUUCUCAUUGGAAAAAACUACACUGAGACGUUCUAUUUGGAAGAUGGAACUGAAGUGACCACAUCGCCAAAUUAUACAGAUCACUGCUAUUAUCAUGGCCACAUUCAAGACAUUGAAGAUUCGUCAGUCAGUGUUGGGAUCUGCUCUGGAAUAAGGGGCUUCAUGAGGGCCGAGCAGCAGGUGUACCUGAUCGAGCCCCUGGGCGCCUCCGCGGACGGGGAGCACGCGGUGUACCGGCGGGAACACCUGAGGAGCAAACGGAGCACCUGCGGGAACUCCAACGAGAGCUUCUACGACCACGAGCCCAGGGUCUCCGGCGUGUACAAGCCCAACGGAGCGACGAGCAAACUUCUGUUUGAUGGAAAGAAAAGAUUUGUUGAGCUUUUUUUGGUCAUCGACAAUACAGAGUAUAAAACCUUUGGCAGAGACAAGGAGAAAAUAACUGCCAGAGCACUGGAAGUCGCAAACCAUGUGGACAAGCUGUAUCGGCCGCUGAACAUCCGCGUGAUGCUGAUUGGGCUGGAGAUCUGGUCCUACAAGGAUCAGAUCACCGUCAGCACCGACUCGGACCAGACCCUGACCAACUUUCUGCAGUGGCGCCAGCACACGCUUCUGAAGAAGAGUCGGCAUGACAACGCACAGCUGAUCACUGGUAUUGAUUUUGAUGGUGAUACCGUCGGCUUGGCCCCCACAUCUGCUAUGUGCACCGGUAUGUCUGGUGCAGUGAAUCAGGACCACGCGAUUAGCCCGUUUGCCGUGGCAUCCACCAUCGCGCACGAGAUGGGCCACAACCUGGGCAUGUCACAUGACGAAGCGUUGUGUGCGUGCGGCCCUGCGUCCAGCAACAACUGCGUCAUGAAAAGCACCAUUGGCUCAGUUUACCCAGAAGCCUUCAGCAGCUGCAGUAAGGAGGACCUGGUCACGUUCCUGCAGAACAGCAACCCCAGCUGCCUGAUGGACACCCCGCGUACGGACACAAUUUUCGGGGGUCCCGUCUGCGGCAAUGCCUUCCUGGAGGCUGGAGAGGAGUGUGACUGUGGGAGGGAGAAGGAGUGCCGGAACCCCUGCUGCAACGCCACCACCUGUCGGCUGACGGAAGGGUCACGCUGCGCGGAGGGGGACUGCUGCGAGAACUGCCAGCUGAAGCAGGUGGGCAGCCUUUGCAGGGAGAGCGCUGACGAGUGCGACCUGGCGGAGUAUUGCAGCGGGAGGGCCGCCCAGUGUCCCCGCGACGUCUUCAAGCUCAACGGCCUGCCCUGCAACCGCGACCAGGGCUACUGCUACAACGGCCAGUGCCCUACGCACCUGCAGCACUGCACGCGGCUGUGGGGAUCAGGUGCACAGGUUGCACCGGACGUGUGCUUUCAUGAGAAUACCUUUGGCACCAAGCAUGCGUACUGCAGAAAGACCAAAAGUGGCACUGUGGGCUGCACCAUGAAAAAUAUAAAAUGUGGAAAGUUGUUCUGCAUCGGGGGGAAGACGUUUCCCAUCACCAAAGAAAAGGUGGAUUUUAACCUGGGUGGGUGCAAAAUAGCCGUGGACAACACCGGAACGGAAGACGUCAGCAUGGUGCCUACGGGAACCAAGUGCGAGAAUAAGAAGGUGUGCUACGAUAACGCCUGCCAAGACGUUAAAAUAUACGGUGGAGACGGCUGCUCCUCCAAAUGCAACAACCACGGGGUCUGCAACCACGAGAGGCAGUGCCACUGUGACCCUGGCUGGGACCCUCCGUACUGCAAUGUGAAAAGUGAUCUCGGUAACGGUAACAAGGCGAUGGUGGUGGGAGUGGCGGUGUCCGUGACUCUUCUCAUCCUGCUGACUCUGGUUGUCGGGGGCCUCAUGUGCUACAGAAAGGACAGGAAAAUCAAUAAGAUCUGCACAAGCAAAAAGGAGGCGCUCCACCCCGCUGGCCUGUCCAACCCGCUGUUCCUGUCGGGCAGCGCAACGAACAGCCCUCGCUGCGGCCCCCCCCGAAUCAGCCGGCCCACCUUCGUGGAGUCCUCUGCGGCCCAAACCCACUGCCCCGCUUCUACCACUGUUGCCCCCAGCAGGGCCCCGCCCCAGCCACCAAAGAAAGUGCUUAAUUCAAACACUGCACAGUUUGUGAAGCCCAGUGUUCCACCUCCUGCUUCCUCCAGGGGAAUGGUACCUUCACAGGGAAUACCAUUGCCUCCAACAAAGCCUUUACCCCCGUUUUACGUCCAUGAAGUGAAGAAGCCUAAUCCUCAUCCUCCGUUACCUCCUAUGAAGCCAGCGGGACCAAAACCAUCUGGAUAUCAGCAUCAAGCUGCAGCAGGAGGGCCUAAGUUUCCUCCGAAGCCCCCUACCAAGCCAAGAUGAGCGUGCGCGGGAGGAUGGGGGGCGAUUCGUCCGUGCCUUUGGUGGAGGUCAGCUGACCAAGUCCGCAGCUUACUUUAGAAAGCGGCUCCUUCGAGGGCUCAGAAGCCGUGCUUUCAAAUCUGUUCGUGCCUUUUGAGGGUCAAAGAGGGCCUGGAAAUCCUGGGGACUGAUUGGCUGAUUGUGGCAGCGAUUACCCACAUGGGUUUAAUUCACUGUUUCAGUUGAAUUUUAAGAGACACUGAAGCUUAUUUUAUUUUAUUUGCGUGAUGCUGUGCAUUUUUCUGGCUGUAGGCAGGUUCAACGUAACAGAAUCAAAUCAAUUUCACAGAUUCAUGUGUAUCCUACAACGUGUUAUUUGUUCAUUGUAAACUCCUGAUACUACUGUGUCUGCAUAGUAGACUUCAGACCAGCAGUGUCUGCUUGUUCAUUUUUAGUGUCUGGUUGGUACUGAGUGAUGUACUAAAUUUAUCCAGGACAAAAAAA